GUCCUUCCUCUGACGUAAUAUUUAGUCGCUGAGUUCCGGUGAUUUUUCGGGUCAGAUCGGAGGGUCUUUGGAGGACGGUUGAUCAUGGCCCUGAGGGUGAUCCGACUGGUCAUCCCAUCGGGAACAGUUGCUUUAAAAUCUGUGAACAUUGCACAGAAGGCAGGUGUUCACACAACCUCAGUAAGAAGCCUGCGAUAUGGCUGGUGGGCCUAUGCACUGGGCGAGAGGACGACGCCACGGUUAAGUCAGUACAGCAAAAUCAUCACUGUGGAUGGCAGCUUGGCCUCAGGGAAAGGGGCAUUGGCCCAGAAGCUGGCUGACAAGCUGGGGCUGCUGUACAUGCCUGAGCCUGAUGUUUUCUACUUGGACAAGAUGACCAGGCAGAAGGAACCACUUUCCAUUGACUUUAAUGGGAUGUGCAGCCUGGAGAAGUUCUAUACAGACCCCAAAGCUGCUGAUGGAAACAGCUACAGACUACAGCUGUGGAUGUACACCAUGAGGCUGCUUCAGUACUCUGAUGCCGUCGAACACCUGCUCACCACAGGUCAAGGAGUGGUCCUGGAGCGGUCCCCCUUCAGUGACAUGGUCUUCCUGGAAGCCAUGUUCAAACAGGGAUACAUCAGGAAGGAAUGUGUGCAGCACUACAAUGAGAUCAAAGGCAUUAGCAUCUGUGAGUUCCUGCCUCCACACCUCGUCAUCUACGUGGACCUGCCAGCUGAGGAGGUGCAGAAGAAGCUGAAACAGAGCAGCAAGUCGUAUCUUCAGAAUGUCCCCCUGGCUUAUCUGAAGAGCAUUGAGGAUUGCUACAAGAAGGCUUUCUUGCCUGAAAUCAGAGAGAUAGCUGAGCUGCUCGCCUACACCGCGUCUCAAGCCGAAGAUGUUGAAAAGGUGGCAGAAGACAUCGAGUAUUUGAAGUUUGAUAAAGGGCCGUGGGUGGAGCAGGAUGAUGUCACCUACCAUCACAUGAGGAUGUUUGUGGAAGACAAACAGCGGGUGGCAUCCCUUACCCACAUACCCAAGUUUCUACCGGAGAUAACCAUCGGAGCCCACGACUACGAUGAAAAAUACUAUGCCUAUAAAUCGCUACCUGGGAAGAAGUAUGCCGAUGGUUAUAAUGCAGACCUCGGAGACAAAUACAUCUGGCUGAAAUGAGCGAGUCUGCAGGCCUGCUUGUCCAGCACUCAUCCAGCUGUCCUCUGUUGUACAUCCUAAAUAAUAGUAAUGUGUAUGUAUUGGAAGAAUAAAUUUUGAAUCUACAAAA